AGAUAUAUGGACGAUUGUAUCGUCGCACCGUCUCUUGUUACCGAUAGUAAUGAGACACUGCGCGUUUAAAGUCGGCUGGCCAUUUUGCACCAGCCGAUACGUCGAUCCGUUUCCGGCGAAAGAAUGACACGCGAGACGACACAGAGGCGUCACAUUCGUUCGAUCGACGCCAAAGUCUGGCCGGUUCGUUUAGCAACCCAUCCUUUUGAAAAGGCUAAUUGAACGUUCGCCUUGGUAUCCGAAGACUUUCACUGCUUGUCGAACCUUCGACGAACCAAAAAUUGAGAUGACCGUUUCGGGGAUCUGGCAGUUGAUAUCCUUCCUCGUAGUUGUAUCUUCCUCCGCGGUGCUUUCGGCGGACAACGUAUGCCCGAGAAUGGAAAACUACACGAUCACCUCGAUGGAAACGUACACGGAGCCGGUUAUCGUGAUUACGUUCACCUGGUGCCUGCAGAUUCCACCCAGGUGUCCCAAGACUCGAACGGAGAUGAGGCCACGGUAUCGAGUGAAGACGGAGUUGAAGACCAGGAUUGUAAACGAGUGUUGCGAAGGCUAUAAAAUGAUGUCAUCCAAUGAUGAAGAGAGUACUAUCGAGUGCGUGCCUUUUUGCGAAGAAUGUCUAACAGGGAUCUGCGUGUCGCCAAGUCAAUGCCUGUGUUCUCCUGGUUAUCAGGGUGAUAACUGUAAAUCUGUAUGUCCACGAGGCACAUGGGGCAUCCAGUGCAAGGAGAAAUGCAAUUGCACCGAGGACGUACCUUGCAAUCCCGUAAGUGGACACUGCAUCUGUCCGCCAGGAUUGCGUGGACAAAUGUGCAAUGAGUCGUGCCCUGGCGACCACUGGGGGCCGGGAUGCGCGUUUCCAUGCAACUGCAAGGAUUCGAGGAACGGGUGUCAUCCAGAAACGGGUCGAUGCAUCGACGAUAACAAGCUUUUCAUGGAGAACACGAGCCAUCCUCGUGACAGGGACGAGGAAAACAGCGUGAAUGCGAAUUUCACGAGUUCCCAUGUGGGCACAGAUACAUCGCGGAUUUGGGAUACCACGACUUGGGAAGAUGAUCACGAGAUAGCCGCCACGACGGACAAUCCUGGCAAAGCAACGUCGAAAGUACCUGAAAGCGUCUCGAGCACGGAUCAGAGGAAAAUUAGGACGCAGACUCGUGAGGAUGGAAACUCGAGCACAGUGAAGCCUGUCAUCGUUUGGGUUUCCAUUCCGGAGCGGAGAAGGAACUUGGACAAAGGCCGAGGAGAAUUCGCGGUUAAGAAUCCGUUCGUGAGGCGCAUGGAUGACAACUUGCAAGACAUAGGUUCAUCCAAGAACGAUUAUGUCAAAAAUAUUCACAAAGGAGACGUUCAAUCAACUCCGAUUCCCCUGGACAUCGCCCUGAUUGUGGUAGCCUCGAUCGUAUCGUUGGGUCUGACCUCGGUAGCGGUGGCCAUGGUUCUCCACAUGCGUUCCAAGCUUCUGGAAGCAGCUAGGAUGUCGAUUUACGAGGAAGCGAAGACAAAGAGUCAAGAGAAUCCGAACGCGGCUAAAAUCUCGUCGAUAGUUACCGCUACUCUUCCUCAAACUCCAAUUCGUUUGGUACCUCUGUUUGCCUCCACUCCAGAGACCAGAACGAUACCAAUAGAUAACGAUCCUAAUUAUGCUAAUGGAGCAGCCACGAUUGGUCUCAGAUUAUCCGGUAAUUUGCAUGGUUUCUUUCAGGAGGAUCAUUACGACCGGCCGCCAGCAACAAGGAUACACUUGCAAAGCGAAUUCGAUGCUGAUACUGAGCACGUCUACGAUGAAAUUCCCUUGCAAUCGAGCCCUUUGAGCUCCCGUAGAAACGUCUGAUCGAAUAGCAACGUCGAACAAAUAAGCUAGACUCAGUACGAAAGAAGUUCAACGCGUCUAGCUAAUGGUCAUAUUUCAAUCGAGAAGUUUUUAAUAUACGCCGAUAUCGAGGGAUUAAAAAACUUGGCGUGUUUCAAGAUUAUAAUCGUUUCAAUUACAGAAAGAUUUAAUUAAAUUACUGUUCCAAUUAAAAUUAGAAAACACGAGUUUAUCAACUCAUGGUCGUUGAUUAAAAAAAAAAAAAAAACAAAAAAAUACGAAUGACCAAGAACUCGAUUAACGAAGAUCUGUGAAAUAUCUUCUCUCUCUCUCUUAAAAAAAAAAAUCGAGCAAGAUCAUAAGACUAUCGUAUCAGCGUUUGCGUGCCAUUGUUCAAGAGUCACGCUCGAUUCCAGAGGCGGAUGUGAGCGAGCCAGCUCGUCUAUGAGGCGAGGAAAAAAUCUAACUGGACUGGUUUCCGACCUUACGCAUGCUCGUCAAGUGUGCAAGGCUGAACGUGACUACAAUCAGUCCUCGAACAGGCAGAAAAGUACCAACACCAUUCCCAACACCGAUUAAACUAUUCGCAUUCGGGGCGUGUAUUUUUCCUCGAACUUGCACGUCAAACAGCGACUAUCCAACCUUCUGGACUCGUUAACCACGUCAACCACGAGAAAUAUCGUAGGUUGGACAAAGUGUUUGAGUGUUUGACUGCUUAUAAUGAUUUACUUGGAAAUAGUAAGUGGAGAAAGCGAAUAUAUUGAAUUUCAACGCUGAUAAAUCUAGCGUUUAGUUCAGUUCACUCGUAUUUGAACGCGUGUUGAAGAUAUAUGAAAUUAUUUAAUUUCUCGUUUGUGGAAAGAUACGUUUUGAGAGAAGUGAAACUCUCGAAAGCAAUUUUUGAAAGUUUUAUUUUCAAAUGUAUAUUCGCAUUUUAAAACAGCGUGUCGAUAUGUAAAUAUAGAUAAUAAUUGAGGAUAAAUUAUUAUAGAUAGGCUAAUCAUCAUAGAAAUAGAUUUUUCUAACGAUAGUUUUAACCGAGAAAGAGGAGUUGACUUAAGUAAUACUGUAUCAUUUUUAUAUUUAUUUGAUUCUUAUUAAAAGAAAAAUUGAUUAAAAAAUAGUUCGGUUAACAGGUUAAACGAGCCAAAGAUUUCGAGUUUGAGACACCAAAGAGACACGUAGCUUUAAGAUUCAAUGUUUUUAACCAACGCUUCGAUACUAUUUACGUCUUUAUUUGUAAAUUGACAUCACUUGUAAUAAUAGAUUCGAAUUUGUGUCAUGCGUCUUAACAUUCGAGGGGAAAAAAAAAGAAAAGAAAAAUUCAAAUAGAUAAGACGUAAUUAAGAUUUUGCGUAAUUAAAAUGUUUAUAUCAAUUCGUCUAUUUCGCCGAGCUUUGCUCCUCCACGAUAAACAAUAACAAUAAUCGUUGCAUUAUUCCGUAUAUAUAUAUAAACCGUCCUAUUUUCGACGAUUUUUGUUAAACUUGCCGAAAUUUUUCUCGCUCCUCCACUCGUGAACCGUUUUCGAAUUCGUUAUCGUUAUUCGCGAGUCAAAACGGCCAGUUUUAUCGUACUUUGAAAACAGGACAGAGACAGCAAGCAUCGUGCCAUCCCGCUCUCUCGCUUUAUCUCGUCCGUGCAUUACGCUGCAUCCUCUAUGGAGCAACGGGUAUCGAUGGGUUACAUAAAUCGGUAAUACGCGAUAUAUUUUCGCUGAUUGUUUGGCUAAAACUGUACUAACUAUAAGAAAAGAAAAAAAAACCAUCCUCUCCGAAUGUUAAACGAUUAAAAUCUUUAUUUUCUCGAACAACGUUCCGAUCCAUGAAAACAUUUCCGUAACCAAAGUAAACGAAUAUAUAUGUAUAUAUAUAUAUAAAUU